AUGCCACCAAACCCCCUCCCCACAACGUCCCUCACCCCCGAAGCCCCCCCAGCCAUAAUCCCCAUCCCCAACGGCAGCUCCCGACGCGACGGCUUCAGUCCCGGCGCGAUAAUCGGCAUCGUAAUAGCCAUCGUCUGCCUCCUCCUCGCCGUCCCCAUCAUCGCCAUCCUGCUCCGCCGCUACGAAAAGACACGGUUACGAGAGACACCCAAGCUGAGCCCGGCAAGCAGCAGCGACAUCAGUCUGCGGAGUGUGCAGGAGAACCAUAGUUUGAAGAGCAUCUUGGUGACGAAGGAGCUGUCGAGAUCGAGUAUGAGGAUGGAGAUGGAUAGGGUGGAUUCGGGAAGUGGGGUUAGGAGGCCGGAGGAUGUUUAUGGGCAGGGGAGGGAGAGGGAGAGGGGGUGGAGUUGUACGGAGGUUAGGGGUGGGUGA